AUGAAGUCCAAAACAGAUUACGAGAGGCCGUACAAAGCUUUACAAUUAGUGGAUGAUGAUAACUUAUUUCAUUGGGCUGCUAUCAAUAUCCAAACAUUGUCAAAUUUUUUUCAAUCAAAUCCUAACGAUUAUCGUUUAGAACAAGAAGCCGAAGUUAAUUUAAAAGCAUUGCACACAUUUCUUGAAGAUGUUCCAAAUAUUUCAACAAUUCAAAUUGGUUUGUGUGGUUUUAUUACUUAUUUACAAGCGUCAAAACGAAGUCGGCAUAUCGAACAUUUAUUUAUGGCUAAAGAUUAUGUGUCAGAAAUCAUUGCAUUUGCAUUUUAUCAUUUUUCAGCUAAUCCUAUUUUAUCAGCCAAAUGUUUAUAUGAAUGUAUGACAAUAUAUCCAAAAAGAUGCCCAGCAUUUCUUACCAUUUGUUGUAAAUGCAUAGCUCAGUUAUCUGUAUUAGGUCCAAACUCGGGACAGAGUGGACAAAAACAAGUAAAGUCAUGGAAAAAUGAUUAUGACAAAUAUCUUAAAAUAUCAAGAAUUUUGGUUGAUCAAAUCUAUUUAGACAUAAAUGAACCAUUGUCUCCUGAGUCAAUUACAGAUGAAACCAACCUAGAAGCAGAAAUUGGUGAAGAAAUACCUGUGAACGAUUAUGUAACAAUAUUCUGUAAUUGUUGUACGAUUCUACGGUACAUGUUCAAUGUCAAAUUAGAUCUACCCGUUCCCAUUGCAUAUGAAAAAACAUUUGAUGUCAUAGCAAAAGUUGUAACAGUUACACAUCAGCAAUAUGCAGCUAUUCAUAAUCAUAAGAAACAACUAAUCAAUAGUUUACCAACAAUGUUUGAAAUAUGUAUACAUCUGUUUGAUGCUCUUAUCACGUGUAUUUAUCGUUCAUUAGAAAAUUUAUUCAAUUUUUUUGAUCGUAAUUUAAGAAUGGAUGGUGAUAUUCUCCAAAAACUAAUCAGAUGGAUCAUACAUGAAACAUCCAUACGUUUACCAUCCAAAACUCAAACAGAUCAUUUAUCAACGCCGAAUCAUGCAAUAUCUCGUGCAGCACUUGAUUGUGUACAAAGUUUGAUUUACGCUUAUGGUGAUCGUUUGCCAAGUGAUCAGUAUCAAUUGUUACAAAAUCAUUAUGUAAACACAUUAUCCGAUUAUCAAGCUCAUUGUGCUGAUCAAACUCGUAAGAAACCAUAUGACGAUGUUACGUGUCGCGUGUCGUUGUAUGUUAUAAUCGAAAUAUUAUUACAAGAAGAACGCUAUGAUUGCCCAACGAUCCUUGCUAUUGUUAAAAAUUUAAUUAAAGAAGGUCUUCACGAUUCGUGCGGCAAAGUCAGAAAAGCUGUUCAUAAACUGCGUUCUAGUCGAUUGAUCGCCUUAGAUUCGACGCACCAUCUUUAUCAACCUUUUACAUUUGAAAACGUUGAAAAAGCGCGAUACGUGUCGGCUACAUUACCAAUAACAACAAAAACAAUUGAUCAUUCUCAUCCACCACUUUUAGAGCACGCAAAUGAUAUAGCUGACGGUAGUAUGAUUCAGAUAUGUGCACUACCACCGUCAAAUCACGAUCAAUCUCAAUUACACUCGUAUCCUGUAUUCUCAUCAUCUUCUGUAACAUACAAAACACCCGAAACAUUUUCAUUGAUAUCAAACCAUCACCAACUAACUGAUCAUCAUCAAACUAGAAUACCAACUUCAUCUAGUUCAAAUUAUAAUUCAGAUAUAACAGUCACAACUUUGAAUAAUACCACUAAUGAUAACAAUAAUAAUAAAAUAAAUCUAUUGGAUAAUUCUCAACAAAGACCAAUAAUCAAAAAUCAACAAAGCACUUGUGAUACUACAAAUGAUAUGAGAAUAUUGCCUCAGGAAUAUGGUUGUAAUAUUUCAACAAUGGAAAACAAUCAGACAUUACAACGUGAUCGAGAUUUCACUGUUAUGGAUAAUAGUGUAAAACGGCAGAAAAUUAGUGAUACUAGAACAUUGAAGUCAAUAAAGACCGAAGAUGAUGAAGAUUUUGCGGAAAAUAUUUUUAGUGAUGAUGAAAAUGAUGUGGACCAAACUAUUGACCUGGAUGGAAUUGAAAAAAUUUCAGAUCAUAUAGAAGAUACUGUUAAUGAUGAAGACGAAGAAGAAGAUUGGGAUGAUAUUGUUGACAAAGAAGCAUAUGAAGACAACGAAGGAUCCGGAGAUGAAGAAUCUGCAGAAGAAAUCGAAGAUGAUGAGGGAACCGAAUCAACUGAAGAAAUUAGCAAUACAAUGGAAAUAAGGCCAAAACCAAUGAAUGGUAAUGUUGGGAUCGAUAAAUUACCGCUUUUUUAUGAAAAGAGAUGGAAAACGGAUGGAAAAUCGAAAGUUAUGGAGGAUGAAUUCGAAGAUCAUGAUGAAAGGGCUAAUCAAUAUAAUGACGAUGACAAUAAUCGAAUCUUUCAAAAAAAAUAUCCGCAUAAUUUAACAAAUGGUUUGUUGAAAAUGAAUGAUGGAGUAGGAUCAGUACAGGGACAAAUUGAAGAAGAUGAACUCGAAGAAGAAGCUAUGGACGAAGAUGAUGAUAUUGCUGUUGUUAGCAGUGAUAGCGAAAAUAAUCCGGAAAAUCAUUACAACGAACAGCAAGAAUUGCAUCCUACACUGAUCAAUGGGGAUAAUAAUUUACUUCAUCCAAUGGACACGUAUUACAUUCCAACAACCAUCAAUGGAACUACCGUUUCUAAAGAUGUUGAUUUGGCCACUGGUCAGUUUGUUAAAUCGACAGAAACAACUCAGAAAACACAAGUAACGGAAACAAUAAUUGAAACACUUCUGACAACUACCACAAAUAUAACACAAACUUUUGAAAUCUCAGCAUCAUCGCCAACGGAGAAUUGUACUAAUAAAAGUAUUAAUGUUAAUACAUCAACAACUGAACCAAAUUCACCUUCAUCCGUCGACACGGCCGUCAAAGACGCAUUAGUCGCAACUGUCCUUUUAGUUGAAGAUUUUUAUGGAGAAAAAUGA